AUGGGGAACAGCCUGAGGUGCUGCCUGGCGUGCGUGCUGCCGUGCGGCGCGCUGGACCUGGUCCGGAUCGUGCACCUGAGCGGCCGCGUCGACGAGUACGGCCGGGCCGUGCUCGCCGGGGAGGUCCUGGCGGCGCACCCGAACCACGUGCUCAGCCGGCCCUGCGGGUCCAGGCAGCAGGGCGGGCCGCGGAUCGUCAUCAUCGUGUCGCCCGAGGCCGAGCUGGAGCGCGGCGAGAUCUACUUCCUCCUCCCGGCCGCCUCCGUGCCCGCCGACGCCAAGAAGAAGACCAAGACCAAGCGCGAGCCGAGCCCCGGCGCCGCCGCCGAGGAGGACCGGCGACACCAUCGCCACCACGUCCGGAGCAAGUCGGAAGGCAGCGCGGCCACGGCCGCCGUCGAAGGUCGCCAGCAGCAGCAGCAGCAGCAGCAGCAGCACCGGAGGCGCAUGAGCACCGGCAGCCACGCCACGUCGUGGCACCCGCACCUGGCGCGCAUCGCCGAGGACCCCUGA